AUUUGUUCAGUUGUGUUGUGAGCGUCGAUCCGUUUAGGCCUCUAGUAAAUAUCGCUUCCGAAACGAUUGUUUGUAUUUUUUUUAUUGAAGCUAUCUCUGCUUUGUGUGUGCUGUAGUUUGGUGAAAGGUUUCGUUUUAAAUGUAAAAACGUUCAAAAAACUGGAUUCAGUGUGCAAAUUUAGUGAAAUAAACCACGGAAGCCGGAAGCAAUUACAGGAUUACCCUAGUGAGUGUUAGCUGAGACUUGAUAGCAACAGCGCCUAGCAACGGUGAAAAAGGAACCAGCGGAAGCAUCAACUCGACACCUAAACCCUCAAAGCUUCAAACAUAAGUCAUCCAGCUAGAAUGUCACUGCAGGUGCAAUCGAGCCAGCAGCCGGUGUCUUCCUCGGGCCGUCGUACACCACAGGUGUAUCAGAAUUUCGGCUCCACCAACAACACCUCCCCAUCGUCCAAUGGGAACAACAACGGUAACAAAUCGAGCUCCCGGUCGUCUUCCAGAUCAUCCAACAGUGACAAGCAAAACCAGGUAACAGCAUCACCAGAAGCGGUCACCGCGGAACAACCUGCACCGAAAGAAAGUCCAAAGUCAUCCGUUGCUCCCGCAACUCCAACAAAAACAGCAGGUGCUGUUGCGCCAGCUACAGCAACAGCCUCGGCAAAGGUUGAAACAAACGGCAAAAAUACUGUAAACGCAUCCAAAGCUGACAAACAAAAGGACGAAAAAGUGAGUACCACCGCAACUAACGGAAGCUCCGGAAGCGAGAAGGAAAGCAACGGGAAAAAGGAAGAAAAUGUCGCACCAGAAACAGUACCCGCACCGGAAACUCCCAAAAAAGAGGAGGAGAAGGAGAAGAAAGUGAAGGACAAUCCGAGAUCAAGCCCACGUACGACCCCCCAGAAGCUACAGUUGGAAUCCAUCCCUGUUGAGCAGCCCACCACUCCGGAAAGUGCCGGUAAGAAACCCAGGGAAUCCCCGGUGUUGGUCACUCCAGAGCAAGGCAAGAAAACAAAACACACUUUGCUAGCCACGAAAGCUCUGAAAGCAGCUGUCACUGCCGAGGGUGACGAGAUGGAAGCUCUGGUCGUGGAACCAUCCGAGUACGAAGAUUCUCCGAUACCCACACGUACCGGUGGGAAGACAAAACUAUUGAAAUACGGUGCUGGUCCCCCAACACGGGCACGAAUCAGUCCGUUCCGCGUUAACCAAGCAAACGCCGCCGUUGCUACCGCCAAUCUCAGCACUGUCAGUGAAGGACAGAACAGUGCCAGUGAUUCGAAAGAAACAUCACCAUCGAUGGAAAUGGACUUUGACCGUCCCCUGCGCGCCAUUAGUGGCCGCCGAUCAACUCGACCCAUCUCAGACAUUAGAUACACAUAUCGCAAAUCAGCCGACCUCAAUGAUUCCGUCUCGAGUCUCAACGUGACCAUUGGAUCUGAGAUACACAACGACAGUCUGCGCACUCCGGCUCCAGGAUCAUCUCGCAAGCGCAAAGCAAUGACUCCCGAAUCUACUUCGGACGCUGUUGACGUGAAGGAAAUCGUUGAUAGUCCCAAACGUGGUCGGCUCGAUUUCAGUGGACUCCUGGGAAUGGUUUCCAGCCCGAUGACCAUGCUGAAGAACCGUCUCUCCCGCGUCAGACUCCACGCUAGCACGCCAGUGGCCAAGCUUAGCUUCGAUGAAGAUGAUCUCACCAGAUGUGUUACGGCGGAAGCGACGACCACCACGGCGAACAUCUCCGGUGAGGAAGCCAAAAUGGAUGUUGAAUCAUCGGCGGAGGAAGAGACAAAGGCAAAGCACGUUGAAGAAGGUGGCGACCAGAAGAAAGACACUGAAACCGAAACGCCCAAGGAUGAACAAAACGAAUCCGCCACCGAGAAAGUCAGAGAGGACGUAUCGGGAGACGCGCCAGUGGUGGUUAGAGAGAUCACCGAGAAACAGCGACAGUAUUGCGCUAUCAUGUAAAUCGACCGAAAUGUGCUCCCUGUAUCACAGCUUUCACUCUUCGUUUGCUUAAAUAAUACACUGUAGUUUUUACUUCGCAUGCAAUAUGUGCGUGCUGUUUCGUAAAGUAUGCAUUGAACGAUGUUUUCAAUGGUAAUAAAUGCUGGUUUGCUGAAAAAACCAUGAAUAAAUUUUACCUCACACAGGAGGAGUCAUAGUUCUUCUAUGUGUCUACAAGAUAUUUUUAGUUUGUCUAUUUUUUUCGUCUCCACAUUUUAUUUUGCUCUUAUAUGAUAUGUAGUGAAACCACAAAUACGAACAAGAAAUUGUUAUAUAAGCAUAGUAAACUCAAUCGUCAUAAGUAACCGGCAUCACUUCCGGAUCGAGCGUUCGAAAAUUAAAGCUAAAAUAGAUCACUUAGAAAGAAACAUCCUUGAUAAGGAUACCUACUUAGAAAAAAUAGAUGUAUUUCCCCCAAAAAAAAUGGGACGCGAAAAAAUUAAAGUUGCAAAAACUGCACGGAAGAAUUAUCAGUCGAAAUUCGGUGAUACUAAAACAAACAAUAGCGGAAGUUUUUUUAACCACGGAACGAUCAAUAGUUUCAUAAUAAAACACAUGGCAAUCCAAGCAUUGGUUAGAAUAUGUAGCGUGGCAAUAGGAGAUGAAACAUAAAAUCCUAAAAAAAAUAUGUAACAUCGAGAAGAACAAAAAACAAUCAUAAAAAAGACAAAAUAAACUUAAUUUUGUAGAAAACAAAA